AUGCUCAGGCUUCCAAAAGAUGCUGUAUUGACAUUAUGUGAAAACAUACGACCUUAUGUGCAAAGAGCUAUAAGACCAACAGCAAUUCUAUUUGAAUUAAAGGAUCUUAUCAAAGAAGAGUCUGUAUUUAGGGACACUAGUAUGUGCCAGGCAUCUAUUAGUGGUGCAAUACAUGAAAUUGUAAAUGCAAUAAAUGCCAUUAUGCAACAAUGGAUAAAGUUUCCUGUACAAGCUAAUGAGAUUGAAGCAAUCCAACAACAACGCCAUUUUGUGGGAUCUUGGCCAGACUCUGUAUUUAGGGACACUAGUAUGUGCCAGGCAUCUAUUAGUGGUGCAAUACAUGAAAUUGUAAAUGCAAUAAAUGCCAUUAUGCAACAAUGGAUAAAGUUUCCUGUACAAGCUAAUGAGAUUGAAGCAAUCCAACAACAAUUCUGGAUUAAUACCAAUUUUCCAAGCGUUAUAGGAGCUGUUAGUGAUUAUUAUGGCAUUAUACUAGCAGUAGCGGCAAAUCACGGAGGUCGGACACAUGAUGCUAGAGUUUGGAACUCGUCUCGGUUAUCGAGGCAUAUGUUGAACCAGUAUGAAAAUGGAAGGAGAAAUGUAUGGUUGUUAGGAGAUUCUGGCUAUCCAUUAUUGCCAUAUUUAAUGACUCCAAAACUAAAUCAACCACCAGGAUCUCCAGGUGCAUCAUAUACAGAUGCUCACGCUGUAGCACGAAGCUCUGUAGAGAGAACAAUAGGAGUAUGGAAAGGACGCUGGAGAUGUUUGCGUAAAGAAAGAGGUUUACAUUAUUCACCAGAAUUUGCAGCACUUAAAGUAAAUGCCACUUGCGUAUUGCAUAAUAUUGUCAAACAUUAUAAUGUUCCGGAUGUUGAAAUAUACAGAGAUGAGCAAGAAAAUAUUGAAGCAGAAGACAAUAUGCAUGCAGAUAUGCGUGCAAGAGGAAAUAUAGUGCGAGAAACAAUAAUUGAAAGAUAUUUUACAUAG